CACCGCGGAGGGGGCAGACAGAGAGUAAAGGAGGCAAGUAGGCGACUCCGGCGAGAGAAGUGCGGGUGCGGCCAUGGCGGACAAGCCGAGCCGCGCGCUGGUCGUCUACGCCGCCGGCCACGCCGCGGCGCUCAUCCCCCCGCCGGGCUCCGCAGCCGCGGGGAGCCACCUCGACGCGUUCGCCUCCCGCGCCUGCUGCGGCCUUCUCACCCUACGCUCCCCGCCGACUUCCCAUCCUACGACCGGCACCGAGGAUAAUAGCAGCACGAUUUUGGAACUGGCGCAGCUGCUCGACGUUUACGAUCAUCUCUACCCCGGAAAGAAUGAGGAAAGUGGUCAAGAAGUUGCCCAAGUGGAUCCACAGGAGCUCGUGGUUCCCAAGCUGUUUGAGAGGUUUAUGGGCCUGAGAGCUGCCUUGGUCACCAGUUGCCCCCAUGUCAGCUCCUUCGCAGCGAAUCUUGGUUUCCAUGUUUUUAAAACCAAUGAUUUUGCCCCACAAUCUGGCUCGUCCAGCAUUACUAAAGAGGAUGGAUUAAUCAAAAGAGCAUUUGAUCUGCUAGGAUUCUCGGAUGGGGAUGUGCAGGAAACAUCUGAAUUCGAUCUAGUCUUCAUGCAUGUUGCCAUGGAGAACACAAGCAGCAAGUUAGGAAAGUUAGGAAUGAAGACAGAUAUCAAUCGGCUCGACAAAUUAGUUGGUGCAGUCUUGGAAUCUGCGCCUGUUGGUUCAGCUAUUGCUUCGCGUAUUCAUGUAUCUGUGAUUUUGAGCUAUGGGUCUGCUUCUGGAAAUAAGGAUGAGUUUUCCCUUUUAACCUCUUCAACCGAAACAGAUUCAGACUUGAAUCUACUGCGUCCACGCCAGAGCUACACAAUGAAAACAGGGCGUACAUUAGAUGAUGUCAGACUUCAUCAUCCAAUUUUGCUGGCACAGUGGCAGGACGGAGUAACACGUGUUGAUUUGGCUAAAGGGUUCUCUUUUGAGGAGUUUAUGAAGCGUGGUGGAAACCUUGCUAUGCUUGCUGAGCGCUUCCUGCACGAGGUGGCAUUUAAGCUCUGGAAAGCGCCUAAAUAUGGGGCUUGAGGAGGGUAUCCAGCGUUGACUGACUUGGCGUCGCGGAUAAAUAAUCGAAGCACCAGAUGAGUUGUCGCUUUGUAACGGAAAUGACUUGAGUGAUGCCAGACAUUGUGGCAUGUGAGCUUUUUAUGUGAAGUGUAACGUGGACAGGCCCUGAUGCGAUAAACUGUUUGGACAUCGUUACUGGUUCAGCCAAUGAGAACCUGUAGCAAAACAAUAUGAUGUUUUCUUAUGGUAGUUUGGAAUGGAUGGAGUUACAUGCAUUGAGCACUGUAAUUUUGAUAAUAUAAGACUGUCUCCAACAGCCUCUCUAUUCC